AUGGAGGAGAAGGCUGCGAGGAAGAGGAAGAUGUCCUGGGACCACCAGGUGGUCCAUGAGCAGCUUCCUGAUGGGGAGAAGCCCUACAAGUGCUUGGAGUGUGGGAAGAGCUUCAGGUGGAGCAGCCACCUGAUCAGCCACCAGAUGAUCCACACCGGGGAAUGGGCCUACGAGUGUGGGGAAUGUGGGAAGGGCUUCAGCUACAGAUCCACCCUUGUGACCCACCAACGCAUCCACACUGGGGAGAGGCUCUAUGAAUGUCCUGAGUGUCAGAAGAGGUUUCAGACCCGCUACAAUCUCCUCAGGCACCAAAGGAUUCACACCGAUGAGAGGCCCUUCCGCUGCCCCGACUGCGGGAAGGGCUUCAAGCAGAAUUCCCACCUCGUCACCCACCGGCGCAUCCACACUGGGGAGAGGCCCUUCCUCUGCCCUGAUUGCGGGAAGGGCUUCAAGCGCAAUUCUCAACUCGUCACCCACCGGCGCAUCCACACUGGGGAGAGGCCCUACGAGUGUCCCCAGUGUGGGAAGAGCUUCACCCACAGUUCUAACUUAACCAGACACCAACACAGUCACCACAGCCUGGAAGAAGACCAGACCCUUCUACAGGAUCACUGCUUUGACAGAAUCACGAUCAUCGCUGCAACAGCACUGCAGCCACCAUUUAAUGGGACUGCUACCAGCACCCUGACCAACAGGCCCUACAAGUGCUUGGAGUGUGGGAAGAGCUUCAGGCAGAGCAGCACCCUGAUCCGCCACCAGAUGAUCCACACUGGGGAAUGGGCCUACGAGUGUGGGGAAUGUGGGAAGGGCUUCAGCUGCAGCUCAAAACUUGUCAGGCAUCAAUGCAUCCACACUGGGGAGAGGCCCUACGAGUGUCCCCAGUGUGGGAAGAGGUUUCACACCAGCUCCAACCUCCUCCAGCACCAGCGGAUUCACACAGAUGAGAGGCCCUUCUGCUGCCCUGACUGCGGGAAGGGCUUCAACCGCAACUCCCACCUUGUCACCCACCGGCGUAUCCAUACUGGGGAGAGGCCCUACGAGUGUUCCCAGUGUGGGAAGAGCUUCACCCAGAGCUCUCAUUUGACCGGACACCAACACAGUCACCAGGGUGAAAAGCCCUACAAGUGCUUGGAGUGUGGGAAGAGCUUCAGGUGGAGCAGCACCCUGAUCCGCCACCAGAUGAUCCACACUGGGGAAUGGGCCUACGAGUGUGGAGAGUGUGGGAAGGGCUUCAGCUACAGAUCCACCCUUGUGACCCACCAACGAAUCCACACCGGGGAGAGGCUCUAUGAAUGUCCUGAGUGUCCCCACCUCGUCACCCACCGGCGCAUCCACACUGAUGAGAGGUCCUUCCUCUGCCCUGACUGCGGGAAGGGCUUCAAGCGCAAUUCUCAACUCAUCACCCACCAGCGCAUCCACACUGGGGAGAGGCCCUACGAGUGUCUCCAGUGUGGGAAGAGCUUCACCCACAGUUCUAACUUAACCAGACACCAACAGAGGCACCAGUAG